AUGAUUCAACCAUCUAAGGCUCUCUAUGGUGCUUCUGUUUUGUUCCAAAAGAAACAAGAUGGGACGAUGAGAAUGUGUGUAAAUUAUAGGGCGCUGAACAAGGCAAAUGUGAAGAAUAAGUAUCCGGUUCUGUUGGUGCAAUAUUUGAUGGACAGAUUGAGCAAAGCAUGCUGGUUCACGAAACUUGAUCUUAGGGAAGGCUACUGGCAGGCUAUUGGAGGCAUGAUUGUUCAUGAAGGUCAUCAUGUGGCCUUCGAAAGUCGAAAAUUGAAUGAUGCUGAGCAAAGAUAUUCGACAAAUGAAAAGGAAAUGGUAGAUGUUGUACACUGUCCACAGGUUGCUGAUGCAUUGAGUCAGAAAGAGGUAUUUGUUGCAGUAUAUUCAAUUUCAAAACUUGAGACUGAUUUCUUUGAAAGGAUCAAAUUGUGUGAUGCAAAUGAUCAGGAAGGGAACAUGUCAAAGAGGGCUCCUCCAUCACUACCUACACAGUUUGAUGCUGAAAUUUAG